GAAUUCAAUUUGGAGCGGUAAAGGCCUAAUGUUGAAGUUGCUGGCCAUUCCUAAAGGCUUGUGAGAAGACAAGUUCCUAAACAUGGCAUUGAAUAGAAUUCAGUUGGUAAAAGGGCUAGAAGAUGUGACGCUGUGUGAGAAAGAAGCCUGUACAUUUGAGGUGGUCCUCAGUCAUGCGUACAUCCAGGGUCAAUGGAGCAGGGAUGGGGUACCACUUAAAUCCAGGCCUGUUUGUCGAAUUGCCACGCAGGGCAAAAAACACACUCUCACACUCACGCGCGUCACGGUUGCUGACAUGGGUGUCAUCAGUUUCAAGGCUGAAGGGAUUGAAAGCUCUGCAAUGCUGACAGUCAAAGCCAGGAAUAUAAAGAUUGUGAAGGCUCUUCAGAAUGUCAGUGUGACUGAGAGGGAGAGCGUGACAUUUAUCUGUGAGGUCAACUGGGAAGAUGUGGAUGGGAAGUGGUACAAGGAUGACAGCCGGUUGAGAGCUGGGGACAAUGUUAAAAUAAAAUGUGAAGGUAAAACACACUCCUUAACCUACAAAUCAGUCAAACCAGAAGAUGCUGGUGAGAUCAGAUUCACUGCUGAGAGGGUCUCUUCAACAGCAACACUGGGAGUCAAAGAGCUUCCAGUUCAUAUUGUGAAGCCCCUGAGAGUGAAGAUCGCCAUGUACAAACAUCGUGCCUUGCUGGAGUGCCAGGUCUCUCGUGUCAAUGCUGUGGUUAAAUGGUACAGAAGAAAUCAUGAAAUUGUGCCAAAUAGGAAGUACCAAACUAUCAGUGAAGGUGUGUACCGACAGCUUAUCAUAGAUGAUGUGGGAUCUUCAGAUGAAGACACUUUUACCUGUGAUGCUGUCGAUGACAGGACUUCCUGCCAGCUGUUUGUAGAGGAGCAGGCCAUCAGCAUUUUGAAAGGACUCAGUUCUGUGGAGGUCAUGGAGCCUAAAGAGGCUCGUUUUAAGGUGGAAACAAGUAUUAAGUUAGAGAGGGCACCCAAAUGGACCCUGAAUGGGCAGAUACUAUGUCCCUGUCCAGAAAUCCGGAUUGAGAGGCAAGGAACAUCGAACAGACUCAUUUUCACUCAAACCGACAGUAGUAUGUGUGGCACUGUGCAGUUCACCUCGGGGAAGAGCAAGUCAGGAAGCUCAACUCACAGUUACAGGUAA